ACGCGCCCAAGUGCGCAUACCAAUCAAUCACCAUGCAAAGCAAGCCAAUUAGGGCUACGAUUGUGGCCUGAAUAUGCAAGGGUUGGACCGUGAAGCGAGGGGUCAUAUCGACGUCUCACUCCAACCCCCAGAACCAACCCCCUAGGCAUAGCUUGAUAUAAUCUCAUUUGAUCGAACGAACCGACAAGGAAUGUGAAAAACAACCAUGACUUGCCUUCUCAGUCUCCCCGCGGAACUUCACCUCCACAUUGCCCAUGGCCUCUCAACAGCCGCCAUUAACGCCUUCUCACAGCUCAAUCAUCGCCUAUACACGACCAUCAACCCCUACCUCUACCGACAGCACAUCCAGCAGCACAACAACAGCCCCUCCAUCAAGCUGAACCCCGUCAUUAUCUGGGCUACCACGCACGACCGUCCAGAAACACUCACCAAACUCCUCGCCCACGGCGUCUCCGUCCCCCUCAGCUCCGGCUACAACAGCGCCACGACAACCACCACCACCCUCCUCGGCCACCCGACCCCCAUCCAGCUCACUACCGCGCCGCAGACCACGCACCCAAUCACCCUCGCAUCCCAGCACGGCCACGCUGCCAUAAUCACCGUCCUCCUCCACCACGGCGUCGACCCUAAUUACCCAGACCGCAGCGGCCGCACUCCGCUCGAGCUAGCCGUUAUCGGGAAUCACCUAUCCGCAGUAGACGUGCUUCUCUCGCAUGGAUGUCGUCUGACGCUCCAUACAGGCAAUGCGCCAUACAGGAUGACUCUGACGGAGUUGGGGCUCGCAGUGGCGUGUGGGUAUGUCGACAUCGCGAACAGAUUGCUUGACGAAAUUCUCGCGCGCCAAAGCGACGAUGUGGAGGUGUCAAGGCAGCAGGAGGGAGCUGCGCUUGUGCUCGCUGCCCAGGCUGGUAAGGAGGGUGUCGUGCGUAUGUUGCUUGAGAGGGGGGUGGUAGCUACUAAGAAUGCGGGAGAGUGGGCUGCGCGGAAUGGGCACUGGGGGGUGGUGCGUAUUCUGGCGUCGGUGGGGGGGUUAUGGAACUUAGAGUGUCUCUGGUAG